AUGUCUGUCGAGCCUGAUAAGAGUGCGGGAUGCCCGACCGAGUGCGAUAAAUGUUCCAUCGAGUGUGGAGAUUGUUUUAAAACUGUUGACAAUGCUGGUAAUGAGAAGAAAAAGACGAGAUCAGUACGUUUUCCUGAUGAGGACGAGCUAGUGACGCAGUACUUCGAGCCUGCAAACCCUUGGCAAAAUGUGCCGUCGACGACGCGUUCGCAACUCGCGGCGGAGUACCUGGAGUCGUGUAGAAGACACAACACAUUAUGUAUCGACAGUGUUCUGGAGCAGAUACGGGAGUUACCAGAAUCUUCCAUUGGCGGUGUCAUGCGGGCACCACGGCUCACACUCUCAGAGUGUGCGUUACUCGGCCCAGCGCCCGCUGACGCGCUGGAAGCAGUGCUCAGAAAGGUCCAGUUCAAAAGGAUCGAAAUAGACCAUGCUGUUAUUGAUGAUGAGGGGGCGGAAGCAUUGUUCGACAUGAUAGAAUACUAUGAGAGUGCCACUAUCGUCUGUAUAAGUGGACCGAGGCAGUUCGGCAUCAGGGGAUGGCAGGCAGCUUCUAGAAUGAUCAAGAAGGUAUGUUAA